ACGGCCAACGUGGCCAACAGCACGCUAAAGUUCUCAUCAUAUCCCCUUCUUCCGUUCGUCACAUUUGAUCACGAUUUUGUGAACCUCCAAUCGUUGCUUAAUUCAAAGACGCCCCCUAGCCACUCAGCUAUGUAGGAAGUUUUGGAUUUUGGACAUUCUAUCAGCCAACGGAAUGGUUAAACCAAAAAAUUGCAACAGUGUUUUCGCACUAACUGCUCCGAUGACCCGGCCAUGCUGAUAUGUGAGGAGAAUUUUUUAUUGAGAUUACGCGGGAUUCCCACGAACUGAUAGUAUUGACUACGUACAAGAAAAAUUGCCUACGUUCGACUUUGUUUCUUAGUGUUCUGGCUGAUCUCGAUACGUUUGGUAUUCUGAAGUGCGGAUGAAUAUAGUUUUGACCUAUGCCAGUAGAAACUAGUGUAGUUACGAUGGGCACGUUGAUUGUUCUAGUGUGUAGUGUUUUUGCUAUAGCAUACUGCCAGGAUUCCAGUGUGAUCAUCUUUGGGCCAAAACACAUCCAGCCAAGACUACCUUAUACUGUGGCCUUGAUCAAUCCGCUCAAGUCAGAAGUGAGAAUGAAUCUCACCUUGGAUUGUGAAGGAAAUGCUUCUCAGCUUAUUAAAACUCUUAAGAAGGAGAGUGUUGCGCGUUACAAUUUAAAUAUUCCUGAUGGAAUAAGUAUUGACAGUGAAUGUAUCUUUUGGGCCGCCAAUGAUGGAGGAAAUAUAAUGGUGAAACAAAAUGCCGAUGUUACCGUUGCUAAAAAGACACUAUCGAUAUUUAUCCUUACCGACAAACCCAUCUACAAACCUGGUGAUAUAGUGAAAUUUCGGGUGGUCGUCCUCGAUUUGGCGACAAAGCCAGUUAAUCAUAUCGACAGUAUCCAGAUCGAUUUGGAAAACAGCAAUGGGGAAUCAAGGAGGCAGUGGACUCGAGCUGUGCUUUACAAAGGAAUAUUCGAAGCCGCUCACAGGUUGUCGUCGACUCCGGAAGUGGGCAGUUGGACCAUUAAGGUCACUGCAAAAGAUGGUAUUAUUUCCAACGAUAAAUCCCAGCAGUUCGAGGUUCGGGAACACCUGUUGCCCAAGUUUGGCAUCAAAGUAGAACCUUCGCGCAUUUUGCUAAUAUCCGAGAUGGAGAUCCGCUUGAACAUCGAGUCCUACUACACAUUCGGGAGUGCAGUCCGGGGAAACAUUGUUGUAAAAUUGGUCGACCGAAAUAAACAAAAUUCAAGCACUCACAGUAUAUCGAGGACUUUUGUUGAAAAGGAUGUCUUCCGGUUCGAGCUGGAGGAUGAACUCGAUACUGAGUAUGAAAAGGAUUAUGCCAUGGUGAUGGUCAACGUUUCACUGACGGAAGAGUUUUCCAAUUUCACGAGGCACGUAUCAAGGCAAAUUCUUGUAUACGAACACCCGUAUAAGAUUACACUUAUUAAGGCCGCGAGUAACUACCGGCCUAACGUUCCAUAUCACUGCAAACUGUUGGUCAAAGAUCACAAUGGGGUUCCAGUAACAAACCGGUUGAUAACAGCCAAGACGGAUGCAGGUGAGGAACGGUCAACGAAGACUGACAGCCAAGGAAUUGCAACUUUAGACCUUCCCAUGCCAUAUGCUGCAGACGCAGUGGACAUAUCGGUUACCUUUGAAAACAGGGACUACGAAAAUGUUUAUAGUAUAACAGGAAUGGUAGGGGUAUCAACCCAGUACCUGCAAAUUUCCCUGCUCAAAAGAAAUGUAAAGGAGUCGACUGUGAGCUUCAUUGUUAAGUCGAACGAAAAGUUCUCUCAUUUGUUUUACUUUGUAACAAGCCGUGGAAACAUUUUGUUGGCAAAAUAUGAGCGGUUUUCUAACAAAGUAAAAUAUACGAUUAAUUUUAAACUUACCGUAGAUAUGACGGUACAGUCUAAGCUGCUUGUCUACACACUCAAUUCCGGUCAGCUGAUUAUGGAUUAUUUUGAACUGGACUAUUUUGCCAACGAAUUCGAGUUUUCAUUGGAAGAAUACACAUUUCAGCCAGAUCAAGAUGUUGAAAUAAAUGUCAAAGCGGAGAAAGAUUCGUAUGUAGCUUUUCAGGGAAUCGACCAAGGAGCUCUUCUACUGGGACAAGAGGGAUUCGGAUUAACGAAGGAGCAUGUUCUUGAAGAUCUUAAUGAAUACACUCCUUAUCAUGGUGAUCUCAACAUUGACGCCACAAAUUCUUUUGGUCUAUUUUCGAGAAUGGGUUCAAAUGAUCAAGAUGAACCAAACCGCAAUAAGCGCUCAAUAUACCGUCCAAAACGUCAAACGACAGUUAAGCCCAUACUCCUCAGAACUGAUUUCCCUGAAUCGUGGCUCUGGACGAACUACACAAUGAGAAAUCAUAUGUACCUAACCGUAUCUGACGUAAUACCCCAUACAAUCACUUCCUGGUAUGUGACUGGGUUUGCCCUGAGCCCUACUCGAGGAUUGGGACUGGUAAAUGCACCGGCGAAGCUGACUGUUUUCAAGCCGUUCUACAUUAUUGCAAACCUGCCGUACUCGAUCAAACGAAAUGAAACUGUCCGAAUACAGGUGACCCUGUUCAACUUUUUGUCCAAUUCGUUGACAACGGACGUCACUUUGUACAACAAGAGAGAUGAGAUUGAGUUCGUGGAUCAGACAUCGCAUGACACAAAACGUCGCAGAAAAGCAAUAGUGGUGCCGUACUAUCAACCAACAUCAGUUUCGUUUCUUAUCAAAGCCAAAAAGCUAGGUGAAAUCGCCAUCAAGAUCGAAGCCGCCAGUCAAUUGAGAACUGAUGGACUAGAGCACAUGCUUCGUGUAACUCCAGAGAGUCGACUGCGGAGCGAAUCGCAAUCACAAUUCAUCAACCUUCCUUCGCAUGGCAGACAGAAUUUUUCAGAAAAAUUGGACAUUCCGAAGGCUGCGGAUCAAGGUUCGGUCAAAAUUGAAGCAAUUGUCCAGCAUCACAUCAUGGGAACCGUUGCUCAGAACUUGAACAAUUUGUUCGAAAUCCCAACAACUGGUACUGGCAGUUUUAAUCUUCUGACUUUCAUUCCUAACGUAGUUAUACUGGAUUACAUCAAAGAGAUAAAGAAAAAAGAGCCCGUCAUUGAACAAAAAGCCAUAAAUUAUCUAUCCACUGGAUAUAAAAACCAACUGAAGUACAGACAUUCUAAUGGAGCAUUUGGACAAUGGGAUCCACCAGAGAAUAAACCAAGCGUAUUUUUGACGGCAUUAGUUGCCAAUGCUUUCAGCACUGCAUCCAAACAUAUUGAAAUCGACCAAUCCAUAAUCACAACAGCUUUUUCUUGGAUUGAAGGAAAACAGAAAGGGGACGGAUGCUUCGAAGAAGAUGGAGAAAAGAUUUAUGAACCCAUGCAGAAUAGUGCAUCGUCCAUUGCCCUCACGGCAUUCAUAGUUGUUGCCAUCAAGGAAAAUGAGAAUACGGCUAUACGAUUCACCCAACUGAUUAGAAAAGCAACGAACUGUUUGGCCGAUAGCUUUUAUUCGCUCACAAACACACAUGACAUAGCAUUGGCUACUUAUGCACUAUCGUUGACGGGGCAUGCAAAACGACUUGACUUCUUAAAUAAACUCGUUUUAGAAUCCCACCAACACGGCGAAGAACGCUACUGGGAUAGCGAGCUACAAGUGGAAAUUGCAGGAUACGCCAUUUUGUCUUACCUAGCACAGGAUAUGUACUUUGAGGCCAUUCCCAUCAUGAAGUGGUUGAACAGACAACAAUACUCUACUGGAGCUUUUUCCGGUGUUCACAGCACUUUUAUUGCACUGAAAGCACUUGGAAAAAUGGCUGCACAUCUAAUUACGAAACAAAACGAUUACACUGUGCAUAUAAGAUAUGGUAAACAUCAUCAAUCAUUUGGGGUUGUAUAUUCAGACAAUCUGAAACCGAUCAGUCAUGACCUUCCUGAUGAUACCCGCAAGGUUGACUUUGAAAUUGUAGGUAUUGGCUCUGGUGUACUCCAAGUGACGUAUCAAUACUUUUUGAAUAUCCAAGCAAACCCUGCACAUUACGCUUCAUUUGACUUAGAUGUAAACGUUCUCGGUACCAGCACAUUCGAGGUUCAAAACCUGCAAGUGUGUUUAAGUUAUAAACAGAAGGAAGCUUAUAAGUCUUCUGGAACUACUUUGGUGGAGGUUCACCUUCCAAGUGGACUCGUAUUCCAUGAGAACGCAGUUAAAGUUCGAAGCCGUCAUGUAAAAAAAACCGAACGAGCCUUCCACAACACCGUCAUGCAUGUUUACUAUGAUGAAGUGAGCACAUAUUAUCAAGAGUGCUUCGAAAUAACGGCCUACCGGAAAUAUCAGAUCGCUCUGCACCGACCGGCCCACGUAAUAGUAUAUGAUACCAAUAAUAUGGAUAAGUACGCUGUAAAAUCGUAUGAAGGCAAGGUGCUACAGCCGUGCCAAAUAUGUGACAGGGAGGAUUGCAGAUCGAUGGAUUGUUAGCGCACAUGGACCGAAAGAAUUGAUGAUUUCAUCAAAACGAAGACCAGUUAUGUUCAACAAUGACGAUAGAGUAAGGUUUCUGUUCUGUACAUGUUCACUGUAACAGACUAAAUAAAUAAAUGAAACAAAACUAUUAUUUUUUUAUUCUUCAAUC